AUGUAUUUUCUAUUAAAGGAUUUUGGCCAUGAUGUUGAGUGGAAACAAGUGCUGAAGGGAAAUGUUGCUCGGGCCCGUGCUGUGCAGAUGCUAUGGUUAGCUUGCCAUGAAAGACUCCCUACCAAAGCCAGGUUGUGCAAACUUAAGUUGUUGGCUAAACAGGAUUGCGUUUUUUGCGGGGAGGUGGAAUAUCUUGAUCACCUUUUGUUUAAGUGUGCAGGCUUAAGAACAAUUUGGGAGUGCAUCCUCAGUUGGCUUGAUGUGGACCACAAUCCCGAUGAGUGGAAGAUGGAAGUCAUGUGGAUGAACACUCAGCGUAGGAAAAAGGGUGGGAAAUUUAGGAUUCUCCAAUGUGCUUUUGCGGAGACUUGUAAGAAUGCUGGUGGUAUAGAAACCAAACGUGUUUUGGUGAUAAACCGUGUGAAGCUGAUGUUGUGUCUAGGAUCAUGA